CUUCCUUCCUUCCUUCCUCUCUCUGCAACCCUAACCCUAACCCUAACCCUAAUACCAAUAAUCAAAUGAACCUCUCCACACCCUCCAACAAUCCCAACACAAAUCGAAACCCACCAUCACCAAAAGGCCAAGCAGAAUGCAACAAUUGCGGCAAAGCAAGCCAAUCAGGCGGGUCCCACACCGACACCCACAACCACAAGUGGGCCCAAUUCCAUUUCCACCACGUCAGGCUCCGAGGCGUCGACCGUCUCCUCUGCACCUCCUGCGUCCUCCGCCUCCACCCUUCUUCCUUCUGCCCUCUCUGCUUUGACCACUUCACCCCUCCCAACCCCCCAAUUCACAACCACACCCCUUGCUCCAAAUGCUCCUCUCUCACCCACACUCACUGCCUCCCCAACACCACCACCACCAACAACCCUUCUUCUUCUUACCUUUGUCCUCCUUGCUCUGACCCCAAUUUCUCCUUCUUCCAAUUCCAACCCCACACCGCCACCACCCGCCUCGACGCCCGCUCCGCCUCCGUCCUCCUCUGCGCCGCCCGCAUUGCCUCCGCCUCGAUGGCCAAGGCUGCUGCCGUGGCGCGUGCUGAGGCUGAGAGGAAGGUCCGCGAGGCUGCAGCUGCCAAGAAGCGCGCACGCGAUGCCAUGGAGCAUCUAGCAAUGGUGGAGGCUAAAGCAGGACGGAAGGACUGCUGCAUUGAAAAUAAGAUUAAAGAUGGGGUUUUGAGUAAUGGGAAUUUGAAGUCUUUGGAAAGCGUGGUUCCCAAGAAUAAUAACAAUAACAAUAGUUGUAGUAAUGGGGUUGGUGGGGUUUUCGAGGAGAGAAAAUUGGAGGUUGAGUGUAGGGCAAAUAAUGUGAAUGGGGUGCAGAGCGAAAAUGGGAAGGAAAAUGAGAGCUAGGAAUUUGUAGUUUUGUGUUUGUGUGCACUUUCAAUGUGAUUGCAGGUGCAUUGGGAGUUCGGCUCAAUGAAUUGCAAAAGAGAUUUCAAGUUUCACUAUAUGUGAAAUUGCACGCGAAGAAUGUUCUUCGGUGAGUGAUUGUAUACAUUUGUUGGCUGUUUUGCUGGGAGGGUUUUUGAGAAUUAUGUGAUUAUGUGUAGUUAUAAUUGAUUCGAUGUGCUCAGUUGUAAUUUUUAGUAGGCACAUUGUUAUCGUUGGUAGUCAGUCUAAUACAGAUAUAGAUAGUUGCUAAUUCCCAAUUUUUUUGGUUCUGUUUUGGUUAAAGACGAAGAUGUUAUUCUUUUUCUAGUGAAAUAAUGGCAUAUAUUUACUUGUA